AUGGCCCAUGAAGCCGCCGAAUCUGCCGUCGACAGCACCGACAGCGGGUCCAACAACCUCAAGACCCCGACCGCCGGCCAGCGUCUCCUGGGGAUCCUCCGCUAUGUGCCCGCCCGCUGCCGUUACGACCCCACCACCCCCUUCGAGUUCACCUUUGCGCUCAACCUCCUGUUUGCCUUUGCCGCCACCUUCACUGUCGCAAAUCUAUACUACAACCACCCCAUCCUCGAUAAGAUGGCCGAGACUUUUAAUGUCUCGUAUGAGCGUGUCGCCGUCGUGCCCACGCUCAUGCAGGCGGGGUAUGCGAGCGGGCUGCUGUUCCUGAAUCCGCUUGGAGACCUGUUUAGGAGGAGGGCGCUGGUGCUGGUGCUGAUAUUGUUUACGACGCUGUGUUGGGUGGCAUUGUGUGUGACGAGGAGCUUUGAGGUGUUUGCGGCGUUUAGUUUUGUAGUUGCGGUGUCGACGGUGACGCCGCAGUUGAUGUUGCCGCUGGUGGGGGAUCUUGCACCGCCGGCGAAAAGAGCUACAGCACUGUCAUACGUGACCUCCGGCAUCCUACUGGGCAUGCUCCUCGCCCGCAUCCUCUCCGGCAUUAUCACACAGUUCACCCACUGGCGCACCGUCUACUACGUCGCCCUAGGCCUGCAAGCCCUCAUCUUCGUGCUCCUCUACCUCUUCAUGCCUGACUACCCGUCCACCAACCCCUCGGGCCUCACCUACACGCGCUCCCUCCUCUCCCUCUUCGCGCUCGCCAAAGCCCACCCCACGCUCGUGCAGGCCGCGCUGAUCGGCCUCUGCGUCAGCGCCGUCUUCACCACAUACUGGACAACACUCACAUUCCUGCUCAUCGCCCCGCCAUACGGAUACUCGUCGCUCGUCGUCGGCCUCUUCGGCCUCAUCGGCGUCGCGGCCAUCUUCCUCGCGCCGCUCGUCGGCCGCUUCGUCAUCGACCGGCACACGCCGAGUCUUGGGCUGCUGCUGGGGCUCCUCGUGGUGCUGGCGGGACAGGUGGUGGGAUGCUUUGGAGGGCUGUAUUCGGUAGCUGCGCCGGUGCUGCAGGCGUUUCUGGUGGAUUUGGGUAUUCAGACGACGCAGGUGAGUAAUAGGACGGCGAUCUAUCGGUUGGAUGCGGGCGCGAGGAAUAGGGUUAAUAGUGUGUAUAUGUUGGGGGUGUUUUUUGGGCAGGUGGUGGGGACGGCGAGUGGGGCGCCAUUGCUGCAUAGGUAUGGGUGGAAGGGGAGUGCGGGGGCGGGGGUGGGAUUUGCGGGGCUUGCGUUGGUGGUGUUGGCGGCGAGAGCACCGGGGGCGGGGUGGGUGGGGUGGAAGGGAGGAUGGGGAUGGAGGGGGAAGACAGAGGGUGCAAGUGGGGGAGGCGGAGCGGGGGGUGGGGUGAAGGGCGAGGUGAAGGGUGAGGGGAAGGUGUAG